GUGGAGGUGGAGGAGGUAUUGGAAUUGGAGGAGGAGGUGGAGGUUACAGUGGUGGAGGAGGUGGAGGUAUUGCAAUUGGAGGAGGAGGUGGCGGCUACAGUGGUGGAGGUGGAGGUGGAGGAGAUAUUGCAAUUGGAGGAGGGGAUGGAGAUUACAGUGGUGGAGGUGGAGGAGAUAUUGGAAUUGGAGGAGUAGGCGGAGGUUAUAGUGGUGGAGGAGGAGGUGGAGGAGAUAUUGGAAUUGGAGGAGGAGGUGGAGGUUACAGUGGUGGAGGAGGUGGAGGUAUUGGAAUUGGAGGAGGAGGUGGAGGUUACAGUGGUGGUGGUGGAGGAGGUAUUGGAAUUGGAGGAGUAGGCGGAGAUUAUAGUGGUGGAGGAGGAGGUGGAGGAGAUAUUGCAAUUGGAGGAGGAGGUGGAGGUUACAGUGGUGGAGGAGGUGGAAUAGAUAUUGGAAUUGGCGGAGUAGGUGGAGGCUACAGUGGUGGAGGAGGUGGAGGAAGUAUUGCAAUUGGAGGAGGAGGUGGCGGCUACAGUGGUGGAGGUGGAGGUGGAGGAGAUAUUGCAAUUGGAGGAGGGGGUGGAGAUUACAGUGGUGGAGGUGGAGGAGAUAUUGGAAUUGGAGGAGUAGGCGGAGGUUAUAGUGGUGGAGGAGGAGGUGGAGGAGAUAUUGGAAUUGGAGGAGGAGGUGGAGGUUACAGUGGUGGAGGAGGUGGAGGUAUUGCUAUUGGAGGAGGAGGUGGAGGUUACAGUGGUGGAAGUGGAGGAGGUAUUGGAAUUGGAGGAGUAGGCGGAGGUUAUAGUGGUGGAGGAGGAGGUGGAGGAGAUAUUGGAAUUGGAGGAGGAGGUGGAGGUUACAGUGGUGGAGGAGGUGGAGGUAUUGGAAUUGGAGGAGGAGGUGGAGGUUACAGUGGUGGAGGUGGAGGAGGUAUUGGAAUUGGAGGAGUAGGCGGAGAUUAUAGUGGUGGAGGAGGUGGAGGAGAUAUUGCAAUUGGAGGAGGAGGUGGAGGUUACAGUGGUGGAGGUGGAGGUGGCGGAGGAGGAGUAGGAGGAGGAGGUUACGGUGGUGGUGUGGGUGGAGGAGUUGAUAUUGUAUUGGGAGGAGGAGGAGGAGGAGGUGGAGGUUACAGUGGAGGAGGAGGAGGAGGAGGAGGAGGAGGUGGAGUAUCAAUCGAUGCAGACUAUGUUCCACCUAGUACUGGAUACUCUGUUGGUGGAGGAGGUGGAAUUGGAAUUGGAGGAGGAGGAGGAGGAGGUGGAGGAGGAUACAGUGGUGGUGGAGGUGGAGGUGGUAUUGGCAUCGGAGGAGGAGGCUACAGUGGAGGUGGAGGUGGAGGAGGAGGAGGUAUUGGAAUUGGUGGAGGAAGCUACAGUGGAGGUGGAGGUGGAGGUGGAGGAGUAGGCUACAGCGGAGGUGGAGGUGGCGGAGGUUCCAUCAGCAGCUCCUACCUUCCCCCAGUGGCAAGCAACGACUACUCCACUAGCGGAGUACAUGGAGGAGGUGGAGGAGGUGGACUAUCAUAUGGAGGGUGGAAACCAAUUGUUCCAUCUCAUAUGUACGGCAAGUAAACACAAGAAGCGCUGUGACCUACCAUUCAGCGCUGUGACCUUCCCUAGCCCUGUGACCUCCCACCAACGCUGUGACCUCCCUCCAGCACUGUGACCUACCCUUCAGCGCUGUCAUCUCCCCUCUAGCGCUAUGACCUCCGUUUUCUUUACCCCAGAAGCCUCCAGUACCCUUAUACUCACUUCCACAUAUUCAGUUAUCCUCCCUCCUCCACACUUUGUUCUCCACUUCAAUGCCUCUCUUCCAUAAAGUAUUAUUUUUUCGUCAUUCUCCAUAUUCCACCACUCCAAAUUCCCUCUCCCAUCCACUAAUCUACGCUGAAAAUUCCUCCCACAUCUCGUUUUCUAUGGGGGAAAAUGGGAAGUAUUGCAAGGGUGACAUGAAUAUCCAGCCCUUCCUUUUUUGCCACGGUAGAAAAUAAAAAAAAUGAUCCUCUUAGUUAUUUUCCAUUGAAGUCACUCUCUCCUCUUCUAGUUCUUCAUUUAAGUUAUUAUAUAUAUUUUGGUCACCCUUUCGGUACUUCUGUUCCUUCUGCUCCUGCUUCCCUUUCUCCCCCACCACAGCAGGACCGCGCAUCCCUCCCCCAGUUCUCAAGUUUAACCAGUCACCUCUGCCAGCGCUCAUCUUAAUUCUCUCUCUGGUGCUUCCCCGCCGUCCUGACUGCUAGUGCUUGCUUUCAGUGUUGCUCCGCCGUCUCCUCUCAGUUUCUAGUCAGUUAAUCAAGACAGAGGGAGAAAAUUGUUGUUUGUUUUCUUGAUUAUUUGGACAAAAAAUGCGUUGCCAGUUACAAAAAAAAAAAAAAAAAAAAAAAAAAAAAAAAAAAAAAACGAAGAUUUUUUUUUUUUUUUAGUUAAUUUUGAAGACGUCUACAUACAGUUACCGAAAAAGAGAAAGAUCUGUAGUUUUUUGUCAUUGUUGUUCCUUCGCAAUAUAGAAAUGCAUAGUAAAUUAACGAAAAGAUUAAGAUUUGAGAAUUUUUCUAAAUCUGAAGGAAAGAAACACUGUCAGUUAACGAAGAGAGUGAAUUGCAAUUAUCUUCUUUUCACUAAGACUGAAAAAGAUAAAUGCAUAGACUGUUAAAUGAAAAGACAAAGAACUGUAGAUUUCUUUUUCGGUAAUUUUAAGGAUGAAAAUGUCUGCUAAAUUAACUGCAGGUCUAUCUGUAAUUUGAAAGACAGAAAUAUAAGCUUACAAAUUACAGAAACAGACAAACGAAAGAAUUACAAACAGCAGAAAUAAUCCUUUUACCUUGCUCCGUUAGAAAAAAAAAUUGUUAGUAUUAGAAAGUGUAUGAAUUACCUUGUCCUUUCUUAUUAUCUUUUUAAAGGAUUCAGUUCAUGUUUCAGUAUUAAAGUUCAAAUGGCAACAACUAAACAAAGAAAAAAAUCACACAAAAUCCAUCUUGCGCAUGCGUUCAGAAAAAUAAAAAAAAGUGAGCAGAACAAAGCAAUAGAAGAAGAGAAAACUUACGUAAUUCUAACCACAAAACGUUUUCUAUGAGGGAGAAUGGAGAAUAUUACAGGAGUAACUUUAAGAAUCCCUCAUUCUCCCUCAAAGAACACACGCACACACACACACACACACACACACACACACACACACACACACAUUAACUCUCAC